AUGGCUGGUUUCCAAUUGCGGCUUGAUGGUGACGCAGUUCAAUUUCGGGGCUUUACAAGUGGCGUGUUGGUUCAGUGUCAACAAAUAACGUCGACGAGCAAGUUUGACCUCCCUGUCACACGCCACGCCAACGAGUAUGAGGGUUGGUUGACAAAGCUCCCCCUGCGCAGCGUGCGUCCGUUCAUCUUUGAGGAUAUUGUGCUGCAAGACGAGCUGCCCGACGUCGACGUCAACUCCUCCGACGCGAACCGUCGGGUGGAGGAGUUUUGUGCUGCUCGAAUCGAGGCAGCACUCAAGCAGGUUGCCGGGCAGCGCGUCAAGUCCGAGGAGGCCGUCUGCGCCGACGGCGAAGCCCCGCGUUUUCUGCCCCCUCCCGAGCCGCUUAUUCGACUACGUGUCGACGUCAGCGGUGGCUUUAGCAAAUUCAGCUCGCUGCGCUUCGGUCAGAAGUUCGUUGGCCGUGUGGCCAACCCUAAGGACUUGGUCACGUUCACCACAAGGCGCGACACCUCCAUUAAGCGUGCUUCGAUAACCCAGUCCGGCGACUCCAGCCAGAACCACACGACGAGGCCCGGUCUGAGCGUGGCCGACGUGGAGUCCGUUGUCAGCCGAAUCCUCACCACCAACGACAAACUCCGACUGGAACUCUUUACCGACGACGAGUUGGCCGCGGGUCUGCGGCAGUUCGUUGCCAAGGGUGAUGGCGACGGCAUCGACGCUGUCGUUGCCAAGGUGACCGCUCUAGCACAAAGCCACCUGUACCGACAUCGAUGCGGCGCAGACCGCAUCUCGUCGGAGGUAGUUCGUUUUGCCCGAAGUCGCAAAAAAGCGGCUGCUGGGAGUGUUGAAGAAACACCUGCUCUGGAAAGCAUCAAACCAAUCAAAAAUAGUGCUUCGCCAACUGCGUUCGAGCAGUCGCAAGGAAAGACUUCCACCGCCGUCGAUGUCGAAAUGAUGGCACAGAAGUCUCCCGACGCCAUCUCGCUGUCUUCUGACGAAGCUGAGGUCAAAACCGAGGAGCAAAUCCUUCUUGACUGUAUCAGCGAUGUCAGCGACGACGAAUUCCACGCUCCCUCCACCAAAACCGCUUUGGCCAGCCAGACCUCACGAACCACGACCUGUGGCAAAGGCGGGCGGGGUCGUGGGCGAGGCGUCAGAAGUCGGGGCACGAGGGGGUCCCGCGCGCGAGGACGCGCACUCUCGCAGGCCUCCACCGUCUCCACCUGCGCCUCCUUCACACUCGACUCGGACGAGUCGAACGACGCCACUGAAGUCACACUUGACUUAACCUGCAAGCAUGGACGCCUUGCGUAG